AUGCCCGGGCCUCCAGGCAUUAAAGGUGAUGUGGGGAUGACUGGAGACUGGGGGAUACCAGGCAUUCAGGGAAUCGCCGGCGUUCCAGGUGACGUGAGAUUUUAUGGAGAAGCUGGUCCGAUGGAUGAACCUGGCUUUCAAGAACCAGAAGGGGAAAUGGGUCAAAAGGGGCCAAAUGGUGAAAGAGGAGAACAGGGAGACAUCGGACCAUGGGGACCUGUUGAAAGUCCGACACCCAUAUAUGACCCAUACGGAUGGACGGAUGAUGGCCAAUCAAAUUGCUCCUUCGAAAGUGGACCACUAGCUGAAAACAUCAGGAAGUCCAGCAAGAUGGCACUUCCGGUAUACAUGCACCCCCCAACCCGUUGCGCAAGUAGCUCCGGUAGCAGCUGGUCCUAUGAUUGGAAAGGCGCCUUUAAUAUAUGGAUCACCACCACCGGGGACAAAAGUUCAAGAUCAAAGUCGUGUUGA